UCAAAGCCAAUGCCAAUCAAAUCCAAACUUCAUCAAUAACAACUCAACACAGAGGUCAGUCUUGGGAAGAGCAUUCGUGAAUUCUGGAAUAUUGUUGCUUGUUAAAAGUUUUGGUGAUGCAAAGACAUUCGGCACUGUUCAGGAAUGUGACUGUGUUUCAUUGACAAUUGUUUUGAAUUAUGUCAAUUUAACGCAUUGAUAUUGCCCUUGGUGGCUAGCAUAAGCCAGCUAGCUAGCGUCUUCAACGUCUGAGAGACUGGAGCGUGCUGCAGGUGACGAGAAAGGGCACCCUGGCUGAGAACAAUCCGACUGCCUCGGGACUUCAAUUUGAAUUUGUUGCAACUAUGAAGUUAACGCAAUUUUUGCUAAAGAACAGCUCCAUACCUAAACAAGCACUAGUGGAUAGGUUUUCCAAGUUCUCACCUUCGCCGCUGUCAAUGAAACAAUUCAUAGACUUUGGCUCGGCCAAUGCCUGUGAGAAGACGUCCUUUGUGUUCCUGCGUCAGGAGCUUCCUGUCCGACUGGCCAACAUCAUGAAGGAGAUCGACUUCCUCCCUGACAAGCUUCUCAGCACCCCCUCACUACAGCUGCUACAGAGCUGGUAUGCAACAAGUCUGAUGGAGCUUGUGGGCUUCCUGGAAAAAGAUUCUGAUGAUAAAAAGAUCCUGAAGAAGUUCACUGAGACGCUGGUGAACAUCAGGAACCGCCACAACAACGUGGUGCCGACCAUGGCCCAGGGCGUAGUGGAGUACAAGGAGGCUUUCGGCUCCGACCCUGUGACCAAUCAGAACAUCCAAUACUUCCUGGAUCGCUUCUACAUGAGCCGCAUCUCCACCCGCAUGCUCAUGAACCAGCACUCUCUCAUCUUUGAUGGAAGUGCCAACCCCGCCCAUCCCAAGCACAUUGGCACCAUCGACCCCGACUGUGAUGUGACAGAGGUGGUAAAAGAUGCCUUCGAUAGUUCCAAGAUGCUCUGUGAGCAGUACUACCUGACCUCGCCAGAGAUUGACAUCACACAAGUCAAUGCCAAAGGUCCUGACCAGCCUCUUCGUAUUGUCUAUGUGCCCUCCCAUCUCUACCACAUGCUGUUUGAGCUCUUCAAGAACGCCAUGAGAGCAACAGUGGAGACUCAUGAAAUGGCCCUGCAUCUCCCGCCGGUCAAAGUCCGAGUCUCACUGGGGAGUGAAGACCUGACAAUCAAGAUAUCAGAUCGAGGAGGCGGAGUCCCCCUGAGGAAGAUAGAGCGUCUGUUCAGCUACAUGUACUCCACCGCCCCCAGCCCUGUCGAUAUUGACAACUCACGCAACGCUCCACUGGCUGGUUUCGGCUACGGUCUCCCCAUCUCCCGUCUCUAUGCCAAGUACUUCCAGGGAGACCUGCAGCUCUACUCCAUGGAGGGAUAUGGGACGUCAGCUGUCAUCUACCUGAAGGCCUUGUCCUCAGAGUCUGUGGAAAGACUUCCUGUUUACAACCAGUCAGCCAUAAGGCAUUACCAGACGACCAACGAGGCGGAUGACUGGUGCAUGCCCAGCAAGGAUCCCAAGAAGCUGGGGAAGUAUGAGAGGAGACGUUAAUAGGGGUGUAACGGUACACGUAUUCGUACCGACCCGUUCGGUAGGGGGCCUUGGUUCAGUCUGCACUCUGAACCCGAAUUAAUACAAAAAAUUAUCAUAUAUCCAAAAUUAAAACACUAGGCCUAUAGGCUCUGCCUACGCUGCGUUGUAGGCCAGUGCCUCUUGAGGAAAUCUGAGCUGAAUUUUAGUUUUUCGGGCUAUUCUGUUUAAACGUUGCACGUUGUAAUCUAAAUUCAAAUCUUAACUGGCGCAUUUCAAACUGUCCUUUUGUGAGACGCAGCCAGGAACUAGUUCUGUACGAUGGCGAGUGGCGGUGUCGAUAAACCAGAAUUGGAGGGUCCUCCAUCAUCGUUUAAAUCUCCAGUUUGGGAACAUUUUGGCUUCCCAAUAGAUCACAAUGGCGAUGGACAGAGAGUUGUGGAUAAAACGUUAACAAUAUGUCGCCACUGCUCAACGAGAAUAGCCUAUCCAGCUGCCAACACCUCAAAUAUGUUGACACAUUUACUCCAACAUUACCCCAGUAUACCGGAACCAGACAGAAACGCAAAGAAACAACCCAAAAUCACCUCCCCUCUGCAUUCAAGCAGCCCUUGGCAACUGGUUCUGACCGGGCCAAAAAUUACAAGAGCGAUAGGUAAGCUAUGUUUAUAUUUUUUACAGUCUUUGGUUUAAAGCCGCGCCCGUUCCCAGUGGUUGAGAAUAGGGGGUUUCAGCACCUCGUGAAAGUGCUCGAUGCCACGUUAUGAACUUCCCUCUUGCACCCAUUUCAGCAAACAGGUAGUACCCGCUCUAUAUAAGCAAGCCAAAGCCAAAGUUUUCUAUGAAUUGGCCAAUGCACCCUGUGUUGCACUUAAGUGACAGCCCAUCACAUUACCCUGGAGUGGGAGAUGUACCGUGCUACAGACACGCCCCCUUUAUGAGAAUCACAAGUGUGCAUCUGGCACUAAAUGUACGACUUCACAACUGGUAAAUUCCCACCUCCCACAUGGUUACAAACGCAGCAUCAGUGUGGAAACGUGAGAGGCCCGACAUAACAAUCCUGUCACAACAGACCAUGCCAGGAACAUUGUGAAUGCUGAACAUUUAUUGAUGGCAUUGAAUUUUCCUGCCGUGACCCCCAAAAAACGCAAUACGUACCGAACCGUGGAUUUGGUGAACCGUUACACCCCUAGAAGUUAACCAAACAGACUGAGAUAGCAAUGAAGAACAAAGGAGGAAGAAAGAAGAGGGGGGAUGGGAUGAUGAUUCAUAAUCACAAACUGACAAAGGUACCCAGUUGUACCAACAGCUAUGACCGUGUGUGUGUGUGUGUGUGUGUGUGUGUGUGUGUGUGUGUGUGUGUGUGUGUGUGUGUGUGUGUGUGUGUGUGUGUGUGUGUGUGUGUGUGAUGUGGAUUCCUCUCGCAAUGGAUAUUCUCAUUCAUUCACUUGAAGUGCAAAAACACAUCACUGUCGGAGGCGUUUCAAUGGCAAUACCAGGAUCUCUAUUCAAUAAGCGACUUCAUGAAUGUUAGUUAGAAUCAGGGCCAUACACUACUCACAAUCACAUCUUACCUUUUUGAUUAUAAUUUAGCCACACGUUUCAGUUAUUUAUUUCACUCACUUAUUUUAACGUUACUACACUGUGAAGCAGUGUUUUACUUAUUAUUAAAAGGUGAAUUUGAGUUUGUAACCGAUCAUUUCAUUUAUCAAACGACUGAAUUUGGUUAUACAGUGAUAUAAGAUGGACUACCACAGUACUAUAAUCUGUGAUACUACAUUUUAAAAUGUGAAUUUAGUUCUCUCUAAACUCUUCACAGCGUCGUCCGGGUUUGGCCGGUGUAGGCCGUCAUUUUAAAUAAGAAUUUGUUCUUAACUGACUUGCCUAGUUAAAUAAAGGGGGAAAAAAGAGGGAAAAAAAUGGAUUUUCCCACAUCAACUGUUAUUCUUGGUUCCAUUUUGACUUGUUGAAUAUGAGAUGAAAGCCAAGGUCCAUCCAAGGUUUCCUAUGAAGAAAGAAAAUAGAUAUUGAAGAGAUUCUAGUGUACUUAUUCUAACUGAGUCCAACUGACUUUUAAAGUAUAAGUUAUGUGAAUAUUGAGAGAUGUUAUAUCAUACUGUUAUGAUAUUUUGAAGUUAAAACUAAAUUUUGUAAAGUUACUAAAAUGAUUUAAUUUUAGAGGCCGGCUAGGUCUUCCAUGCAUGAAGUAUUUAUUAAAUAACGUUGUGUGCCAGAGAGCAAAAUGGGAGUAUUAUCACAGGGACACAGUAAGACUGAGUUUAAUUAAAUGUUUGACGACUGCCCGACUACUGAUGUGUUAUUUGGGCAGUCAUUCAAUUAUUCAUUAA